CGGUGUCAGCCAAUAGACGCGCAGGAGGGCGGAGCUCAGCAGCCAAUCACUGCGCAGCGCUCCACAUAUAAGAGGCGGCCCCGGCUCCGGCCUCAGUAUUUUCUCCAGGAGAAGUCUUUGUAUUUACGUCCCACACAAGAUGGCAGAGACCGCGCCAGCAGCAGCCGCUCCUCCUCCUCCCGCCGAAGCGGCCGCCAAGUCCAAGAGGCAGCCGAAGAAAUCCGCCGCUGCAGGGGGCGCCAAGAAAAGCAAGAAGCCGUCCGGGCCCAGCGUGUCCGAGCUCCUCGUCACAGCCGUGUCCGCCUCCAAGGAGCGCAGCGGGGUGUCUCUGGCCGCCCUGAAGAAGGCUCUGGCUGCAGGAGGAUGCGAUGUGGAGAAGAAUAAUAGCCGCAUCAAGGUGGCCAUCAGGGCUCUGGUCACCAAGGGGACCCUCACCCAGGUGAAGGGCAGCGGCGCCUCCGGCUCCUUCAAGCUCAACAAGAAGCAGCAGGAGACCAAGGACAAGGCGGCCAAGAAGAAGCCGGCGGCGGCCAAGAAACCUGCAGCUACUGCGGCCAAGAAACCCGCCAAAUCCCCGAAGAAGCCCAAGAAGGCUCCGGCCAAGAGCCCGAAAAAGACCAAGAAACCAGCCGCGGCCAAGAAAGCAGCCAAGAGCCCCAAGAAGCCGAAGGCUGCCCCCAAGCCCAAGAAGCUGGCCAAGAGUCCGGCUAAGAAGGCGGCCAAACCCAAGGCUGCCAAGAGUCCGGCUAAGAAAGCGGCGAAAGCCAAGAAGAGCGCGGCCAAGAAGUAACCGGCGCCGCCCGCACCUCUCCCCCAAAGGCUCUUCUCAGAGCCGCCACCUCCUCCUCAGACGAGCUCCACUCCGCCCUUCUGCCCUCGUUCUCCGCUCACGGCGGGCGGGGGCUCCGGCUCCUCUGCGGGAAGGAAUAGGGUUAACCCUGUCAGCGCCGCUCUCUUCAGUCUAUCAGGGCCUCUCUGCUCGGCUGAUAACCGCCCGCCCCUCACUGCGCGCCGCCCUCUGCUGGUAGUGAUGCCGCCGCUGAGUGUACUGUGCGUGCAGGGGGGUCGUGCACUCUAUCCCUGGACACCAGCGCAGCGAUGGAGCCGCUCUUCUCCGCACAGAGACUACGGGACUGUUCUCCGGUGGGGAGCGGGAGA